AUGUCUGCGACACUCAAGGCGUCUAUCUCGCCUGUACCUACGGCAAAUGACUUCUUGGAUAUUGUACUUUCGAAAACUCAACGCAAAACCCCUACCGUUAUUCAUCCUGGGUUCAAGAUCACUCGUAUUCGUUCCUUUUACAUGCGUAAGAUUAUGUUCACAAAAGAUGCGUUUGUAGAGAAGUUGCAGGCUAUCCUGAGCGAGUUUCCUGUGUUGGAGAAUUUGCAUCCCUUUACUUCGUCGCUAAUGAAUGUCUUGUACGACAAAAAUCACUACAAGCUAGCCCUUGGACAAAUCAAUACGGCUCGCCACUUGAUCGAGCAGGUCGCCAAAGAUUAUGUGCGAUUGAUAAAGUUCGGAGACAGUCUUUUUCGCUGCAAGCAGUUAAAACGUGCGGCCUUGGGUCGUAUGGCGACAAUCAUGCGCCGCAACAAGGACCCUCUGGCAUACUUGGAGCAAGUGCGCCAACAUAUUUCCCGUCUUCCCUCCAUUGAUCCAUCCACUCGCACACUGGUAAUUUGCGGAUACCCGAAUGUGGGCAAGUCUAGCUUCAUUAACAAGGUGACGCGUGCAGAUGUUGAUGUGCAGCCCUAUGCAUUUACCACCAAAUCGUUGUUUGUCGGCCAUAUGGAUUAUAAAUACCUUCGUUGGCAAGUGAUUGACACGCCCGGUAUCUUGGAUCAUCCUCUGGAGGAAAUGAAUACUAUUGAAAUGCAGGCAAUCACCGCGCUGGCGCAUUUGCGCUCGGCCAUUUUGUACUUUAUGGAUCUCUCCGAGCAAUGUGGAUACACGAUUGAGGCGCAGGUACAGCUCUUUAACAGCAUCAAACCGCUUUUCGCAAACAAGCCGACGUUUUUGGUUGUGAAUAAAAUUGACGUGGCGCGACUGGAAGAUUUGGAUGACGAGCGUGCACAGAUGGUGCGCAGCGUCCUUGAUGAGUCCAAUGGAAAUGUUCAGCUGAAAGAGAUUAGCACGUUUACCGACCAGGGUAUCAUGGAUCUGAAGCAAACAGCGUGUGAGACUUUGCUCGCUACGCGGGUAGAAGGCAAGAUCCGCGGCCCCAAAGGAGACGCGAUCACGAACCGUUUGCAUGUCGCUGUCCCGCAAAGGCGCGACGAUGUGGAACGGAAGCCAUACGUACCUGCUGCCAUUGCGGAAGGUACGCGCAAGAAGUACAGCCUUGAUGACCCCGCGCGCUUCAGGACUGAGAAGGAUGUUCAAGAGGAACAGGGUGGUGCUGGUGUGCACAACAUUGAUAUGAAGAAGUGUUACAUUCUCGAGAAAGAGGACUGGAAAUACGACACCAUUCCUGAGAUUUACGAAGGCAAAAACAUUGCUGAUUUUGUGGAUCCCGACAUUUUGAACUCGCUCGAUAAGCUUGAGCGCGAAGAGGAGAAGCUUGAGGCCGACGGCUUUUACGAUGAAAGCGACGAGGAACUUAACGAAGAGGAAAGGCAGGUUUACUCUGCCGCACAGACAAUCAAGCAGCGGAAGCAACAAGCCAAACUUCAGGCGCAAAAUAAAAAGACUCUUAAAGCGCGUGCUCAAAUACCCAGGACCUUGCAGCACCGCUCUUUGUCACAAUUGUCGGAAAGCAUGCGCGCUUCCGGUAUCGAUCCGAGCAAUAUUGAGAGGCGCGCUGAGCUUCUUGCGAAAGCGAAAGGAUUGGUCGGAAAGCGCAAGAGCCGCAUGGAAGACGACGAAGAUGUGGAUAUGGAUGAGAACGAUGACACUAUGGGCGACAGUAUGUCUGUCGAGGAAGCGACUCCGGACGAGACGCAUCGUAAAAAGAUGCGUAGCACGUCCAGUAAAGGACCUGCUACCCUUACGCGCGGAAAAAGCGCUACUACGGCAACGACGAACAAGUCGGGUGGCCACGUGUCUGCACGCGCAGGCGCUGCGCGUAUCCCUGCAAGUCAGCGUCAGUUUGCGGGUCUCCACGAUGAUAGCCAAGAAAAGAAAGCACGCUCCCUGCACAGCUUCGGUAUUCGUGGCCGCAACAUGGAGGCGCGUGCAAGUGAGUCUGACCGUCGCAUCCCAGAAACCAUGCCUAAAUGGCUCUUUGCCGGCAAGCGCGGCAAAGGUUCUACGCGCAGUCGCUAA